AAAUACUCACUGUCAACAAAGGCUGUCAAACUUCAAAGAAAGUUCGAAAACGUAUUGUUGAAAAAUUACAAAUUCGUAAAUUUUUGAGAAAAAAGACGCAAGCUUCGUCGUUUUGACUAUACAAUGCAAGUUUUUAAUUAACGUAUAAUGUUAAUUCAGUGAUUGUAAUACUUUACAAUACAGAAAUGAGCAACAAUUUAGAAAAUGAUAGAUCAGUCUCUACUGGAAAAAUGUAUCCAAUCGACUUAGCGCCACAAAAAAUAACUAUUGUGAAAACCAUGUCGAAUACUGAAGUUAAGAUGGCUCAUUUGAUAUCCGGGCAGCCGAAGACCACAAACACCAAUCAAAUAAUCAGUCAUGGCGGGACGGGAUCCAUGGGAUUGAUGCGUACUGCUGCACAAAUUAUAUCACCUAGCGUCGCGUCUCAGCCUCAAAUGAUUGUAAGCUCCCCAAUACUGCAAAGCACACAGAUAGUGAGCCAAGGGUCCCAGCUCAUUGGACAGAACUCGAUCAUAACAUCAUCCCAACUGAUCCCCAGUGGCCAGCUCUUGAGUCCUGGUACACAGAUUAUAAGCCAAGGAACACAGCUGUCUGCUCAGGUCUCCACCGCAAGUAACACAUCUUCAAGCAGUAUUUCGAACAUGUCCGGCAAUGGACCACAGCUUUUGAAUGUUGGUGGUCUGGUGAGUGGUGCUGGUAACUUGGUGGUCAGCUCCUCGGUGCGCACCUUGCCGCCCAGUGUCAGAGUGCUGCCUCCUAUGCCACAAAAUAGCACAAGACCAGUGUUGUCGAGCAUGAACAACAGCGGCGGCGUGCUGAUGGGCAAAGGUGUGUCGAGCCACGUGCCGCGCGGGCUGGCCGCCGGCGCCUCGCUCGCCAUCAGGCCCGUCACCAACUCGCAGGCCGCUCCCAAUCCAGUAGGUGCAUGGUCGAGCGGCGGUCGCGGCGCACGCGGCGGGCGCGCGCUCGUGUACGGCUGCCGCACGCGCUCGCCCGCGCCGCCCGGCCCCCGCGCGCCGCCCGCGCCCUCCCCGCAGCCGCCCGCGCCGCAGCCCGCGCAGUCGCCGCACUCCACCGCCACCGUGCUCGCUCCGAGCGGGGUGAUCUCGAGCACGGCGCGCGGGCCGUCGCCGCGCGCCGCCACGCCCACGCCGCCCGCGCCCGCGCCGCCGCGUCCGCUGCCCCUGCUGCAACGGAACUACCAACCCACUAAAGUGGUAGGCGUGGCGGGGGUGGGCGUGCGCGGCGUCGGCAACAGCGCCCCCCCGCAGCUGUACUACGAGGUGCCGCGCGCGCUGCCGCAGCAGCAGUACCAGCAGCAGCUGCCACGACCGCUCGCGCCGUAUGGACACGGGAACGUACCAACGCAAGUGGCCGUGAAUGCCGUGUCGGCUCCGCCCGAAGUCCGUCAGCCGCCAUCGUCCAUACCGACGUCCGCCGUGCUGCCCAGACCGUCUAUACUACGCAAGCGGGAUGUUGAGGGAUCGCCGACCAAGACACCAGCGCUGUUGAACGCAGUGAACGCGGUGAACACAAUCAUCGGUGCCAACGUGAACAUGUCCGGGACACUGUACCGAUCAGAGACCACGGGCUGGGAGGACGUGCCAUCCGGGCCGGGCGGUGCUGGCUCCGGGUCCACGACCAUCUCGGCUCCCUCGUCACCCGCGCCGGACAUUGACCCUGACCCGCCCACGCCUGAGCAGGACCUCUCCCCGAGAAAGAAGCCCAGAAAACAGACGUUAAUAAAUGAAGUAAGACAAUGCGAAUUCCCUACAGAAGACACCGUGGUGUCGCCGCCGCCCGCGCCGGCCGCGCCUCUCCCUAAACGGCCGUCGCUGAGCUCGACGUACGUGUGCGGCUGGCGCAGCACGGCGCUGCACUUCACGCGGCCGGCCGACGUGCGCCGCCGCGAGCCGCGCGCGCGCGACAUCGUCGCCAUCGCCGGCCAGAAGCACGUGCUCACCAGCGCCGACGGCUGGAAGGUGCACCACCUCACUGCGCAGAUGGACGACUUGGUGUCGCUGGAGGCGGACGUGGGCGAGCAGCUGGUGGGCGUGCUGCGCGCGCUGGAGACGGCGGCCGGCCGCGCGCACUCGCCCAUACACACGCUGCAGCACACGCUGCUGGAACUUAUCAAGGGCAACAUCCAACGGAGCAAAAUAGUGUGCGAAGGUGUACAAGAAGCUCGCGAGGACAUACUGCGAGUGUUCAAGCACAGGAACUUCGUGUCCGACAUACUCACGCGGCAAGCCGACAAGCGGUGCUUCAGGAAACACCGCUCGCAGUCAUAGCAGCGGCGCAAGAACAGUUCACAUAAAGAGAAGUUGACAAGAAGAGUCAAACAUUGAUUGAUCAUUAUAAGCCUAUUUGAGCCCAGCAGGCCAAUUCACUAAGGGUUCAUUUACACGAGCGGCGACUCUACCGACGACCGCAGUCGACUGCAGUCGGCGACCGCCUCAGACUAAUUAGAUAAAGACCUGCCUCGCAAGACAUUAUUUUUCUGUCAAAGUAUAUGAUCAACGAUCUUAUGCGAUUAUAAACACUGUCUCUAUAGAAUCGAUGUUUCAUAGUUUACAAUCGUGUCCAUUGGUUAAAAACCUCAGUAAAAAUACCUUUUUGUGUAGUUAAAUGGUGUAAAAAACGAACAAAAACUGGUAGUUUAGUAUAAGAUAUGUAUGAAAUCUAAGCUCGUUUUCCUUAGAAAAUGGCAGAAAAUUUUUUUCGUGAAUUUUUGUGCGAUACUAGUCCUUAUGUAUUUAGUCUGAAGCGACCGCCGUCGACUGCUGUUGGCUGCCGCCGAGACGUCGCUGACUGCAGUCGUCGGUAGCAGCACACGAUGCGUUGCGGUGCCGGAGCGGUGUCGCUGCGUAGUUUUACAUAUAGUGUGGGAGCCCGGGAUGCUAUAUUUGCAGUUACUCGAGCAUCAUGGGUACUGAUUGCACUUGGUAGAUUAAAUUAUAGGAAGAGUAAAUGGUUAUUUUCUUUUUUCGCUUUUAGCGGUGGAAAAAAUGUACAGACUUUAAAAACAGUUUUUGUUACUAUGGCUUAGUGAAAUUGUCAGAAAAUUUCAGCGAUUAAUUAGGAGGUUUCCUUCAAAAUAAGUAAAAAAUUAAUCGCGCUCGUAACUCGAGAACUAAAAUAUAAUGGUUUUAUUUUGUAACCUUGAAACCCUCCCAUUCCAUUACGUUACGCUCAAAUCAGUGCAGUUUUUAGCUAUUAACUCACUUACCUUAUCUUAAUCUGACGUGCUAGUUGAGUAUUUCUGUAGUUAGUUUUUUUUGUUUGCUCUAAACGGUACUCAACAACGUGUAAGGUAUAGUCACUUAUGUUUAUUUGCCGCGCUCGAGUAACUGCAAAAAUCGCCUCUUCGGCUCAUCUACUAAUAUAAAUAUCUGUGGCAUGUCACACGAUGCGCUGCGGCGCCGCACCGGACUUUCAACCACCGAGGCGAGGAGGGGAGGGGUGAAUGCUCUGCCGCGUCGGAGCGGCACCGCUCAGUUGUUUGUGCGUCAGAACUUCACAAGGAUUUACAUACUGUACAACGCUGCUACAGCGACAUAACAACGUUGCAGCGCCUCGUGUGCUUGCUGAUACAGUGAAAUCUUUGCGAUGCGGCGCCGCAACGCAUCGUGUGCCCCCGCUCUAACUUUGACGUGUGUUACUUUACUACGAAAUUGAGAUUCUAUGUAACAAAUGUCAUCCGGUGCUUACUGACAAUUCUUCGUGGAUAUCACAUAGUAUGUGGUGUUUAUUUUAAUAGGUAGUUCAUAAAGACCUAAUUAGUGAAUAGGCCAGCUGGCCUCCCUUACAGGGGGGCGGGGGGGAUAUGUAGCUUAGAUCCACCACACUUCUCUAAUGGGGGUUGAUGGGUUUAGGGUGAUAAUGCAUUCAAUGAAAAUCACUAUCAGAUGUUAAUGAUGAUUACCAGUAUUGAUGGCUAAAGCUCUCUAAGCUCUCUGAGGCACUCGAUGUAACACCACCAACUUACUGAGAACUUUAAGUAAAACUUUUUUAGAACUAGUAAAGCCCGAUCCAGGAUUCGAACCCAGGACCUGUGAUCCGAAACCACAACCUUUGGACCAACCUUGGAGCUCAUUGAUUGUUGACAUAGACACAGACAUAUAUGUAUAGCUUGGCAAAUUCGUUCGUAACACUCCUCAUGGGCCGAGCGGAUGUUCUGGUAUGAAUUAUUAUGAAUGUCAGUAAAGUUAACUAAGUAAUAAAGAUAUUAUAAUGACUAAUAUUAUUAAAGGUAAAACUGGUCUUAGAAAACUUGCUAAAGUAAGUAAAUUAAUAUUUUGUAAAUAUUGUAAAGAAAUAUAAAGUUAUACAUCUGAUAAAGAUAUUAGUGUCCAAUUUUUCCAUGUUUGAAUAAUGCAUUCAAUAAUGCUAUUUGUGUUGUGAUUGUCCUCAUUAUUUUGUAUGAAUAAAAUAAAAUAAAUAUUAUACCUGAAGGAAAUGUUUGGUUUUUAUUAUUUUAUUUGUCCGCCCUCCGACGCUGAUGAGUCUGCACUUACACAAUCAGAAAAUAAAUAAAUUCAGUCAAAAAGUCUAAAAAAAACCUGUACUAAAAAAAGCCAGUUGCUAAAAAAGCCAUUAAAGAAAUAUUACACAUUACUGCUUACUUAGCCCCAAAGAAACAAAUAGCCUGUAUUAUGGGAUUUAUGAAGGUUUUUAUCAUGUUUAAAUAAGUUACAUAAUAUAGUGUAAAAAUACACCCAAAACACUGGAAAACCAAACAGGUUCAUCAAGGUUGUGAAUGUAGAUAGCAGGGCCACUACACCACGAGGCCGUCAAAGCCAAUAAAUCUAUAAUUGUGUCGUAAUGUGUUGCCAACUCUAAAAAACAAUGUGUAAAGUAAAAAAAACGAGCAAGCGUGAGUUGGACUUGCGUGAAAAGGAUUCCGAAUUUUAAAAAUUACAAAAAAUAAUUGAGCGUCUCAUAUAACAAGCUCUUUGAUAACACUAUACAGUUUCUUUUUUUCAACUAGCCCCCCCAAAAGUGCCACCCGUAUUCAGAUUUUAUCUAUUCACGCUACAUUCUUCCCUUUUUAGAGUUCUGUAGUCCACAAGGAACCCUGAUAGUUUCGCCAUGUCCGUCUGUUUGUACGUCCGACUGCGGUUUAGCACAGAGACUAUGUUACUAGCAUGAGUAUAAGAACAAAGUCGUAAAAUAAUAUCUUGAAAAAUAUUUUUUAGGGUACCUUUCCUACGUGUAAAGUGGGGAUGAUUUUUUUUACUCGUUUAUUUCAUAGUGUAGGAUAUCGUUGGAUAGGUAUUUGCAAGAUAUGAAGUCUUCUACCAAAGUUUUUCGAUUUAAAGAUCCGUUUGUAAAAUAUUAAGCUUAUAUUAUGAGCAAAUGUUAGUCAAGUGUCCCCACCCUCUACCGGCUAAACGGUUGUUUAUGCAUACGUGAAAAAAAUCACGAGAUUAUAAUGAAAUUAGAAGGAAAACUAUGAAACGAACUAUGAACGAAACUUGGUACAAUAAUUAUACUUCAUACUCCUGGUCAGGCUAUAGUAUACUUUUCAUCUCGCCACGAUUAAUAGGAGCAGAGCAGUGAAGGGAAAUGUUGGGAAAACGGGAGAAGUUACUCCAUUUUUUAAGCUUCCGUAGGGUAGGUGUAGGUUAUCUUACGGUGGAAUUCAUAGUCGUAGUAGGGGGCCCCUAAGGGGAUUAUUCAGCCGCUAUGUGUCGAAUUCAACCCCUACGCGUUUCAUAGACAAAAGAAACCCCUCAUUUGACAGGAGCUGGCGGCUGACUGCUGAAUUACCGAUAUUUGUCAGCCAAACCAUCCCCUGGCAUUUUUUUUGUUGUUAUUCGUGAUUUAUUUAUUAGAAAGUGGACGUUCGGAUCGUUAUAAGUGAAGUUAUAAACAGCGAGUUAUAUCAGUGCCCAAGAUAUAUAUUCGCAAUUGCGUAAACCCAGUAUAAUACUAUGGCGAUAUGAAAUGUACGAAAGAUUCUCAUAUUAGGCAUAAUAUGCCUUUGUUUGAUGAAGAAUGAACACAGAAGACCAAGAGAGGAAUACCAAUACCGCUAGUAUUAUACAUUCUAGCAGCACUUCGAUUCUAUGAAACGGGAUGUUAUCAGGUACGUACCUUUGUUCAUUAUCAAUAAUUUUUUGUUCAUGAAGACGCCGCGCGGUUUCACCCUGUGUGGUUCCCAUUUCCGUAAGAAUAUGGGGAUAAAAUAUAGCCUAUAGAGCUCGGGAAUAGUGUAGCUUCCCAACAGUGAAAGAAUUUUUUAAAUUGGUUCAGUAGUUCCAGAGCCUAUUCAAAACAUACAAACAAACAAAUCUUUCCUGUUUCUAUUAUUAGUAAAGAUAAAUUAGGAGUAGAUAUAAAACCAAUUAGCCCAGUGGGUAUGACCCCUGCCUUUGAUUAUGAUGGUGUAGGUUCCCAACAGUGAUAGAAUCUUUCAAAUCAGUUCAGUAGUUACAGAUCCUAUUCAAAACAAACAAACAAAUUUUUCCUGUUUAUAAUAUUAGUAUAGAUAAAUUAGGAGUAGGUCAAAAUCCAUAUAGCCCAGUUGAUAUGACCUCUGCCUUCUAUUCGGAGGGUGUAGGUUCAAAUGCUGUCUGAAACAUGCACCUCCAAAUCAUUUCAGUUAUGUGCAUUUUAUGAAUUUAAAUGUAUAUCACAUGUCUCAUACGGUGAAGGAAAAACAUUGUCUCUACAUGUGUGAAGUCUGCCAAUUCACAUUGGGCCAGAGUGGUGGACCUUAUCCCUCUCAUUCUGAGAGGAGACUCAUGCUUAACAUACUCAUGAUGAAGAAUUUAAUUAGUUUGUUUGUAAUCUAACCUAUAUAAAUGUUAGGUACACCUAUCUAGUUUUGAUUUAGGAAAUAUACCUAUAACCUACAUAAAUGUAACUAACAUAAUGUUUAUUUUCAGACUGUAUGUGCAUUCCAUCAAGCAUUCUAUGAAAUAACAGAAAUGCCACAAGUCAAGCUGUAUUGAUGGCACGCAUAGGUAUACAUAUAAACAACCCCGGAGGACCCUAUGCACAGAUUUAAAGAAACCGGCUAUCAUGGCAGGGAAUAGCUGUGAUGAGCUCUGAGAAUACUGUUUUACCAAGAAUACUGAGAAUACUUUGGUCCUUGAAAAUCCGAGUUUUCAGAUCACAGUAAUUGGAAGACCCACAUACCUUGAAAAGUCAGCAGCAUUUAAUAUAGAGGUAGUAGGAGUGAGUGCAGUAUGUUGUAAGGUGGUCACUCACUCUGAAGUCCAUAACAAUAGAAAAUGUAUACAAAUCUUAAUUGAAUGAAAUUUAUUGAUUCACAUCUUUAAUAAAGAUAAUUAUUAAAUGUUUA